CCCAGGGCCCAGAGAGACAGUGUUCGUCUCCAGCUGUAGGCUGUUGAGUGCUUAAGUUUUGAUGUUGUAUUUUGAUACUUGAUACACCGUCUUAAAAUAAAUCAAUUUUAAUAAUCAUCUUCUAGUUCAGAGUUCAACCGCUGAGCCGCGGAUGUGCAUAUAUCGAAUUAUCGACUAUCGCUUUGUCGCCUGUAAAUAAAACUUACUCGAAACGGUCGGGAAUCGGUGUUGUUAGAACGUGGUACAGCUGAUUGUGUCGUUUCGGAUAUAUAAAUGAUGAAACCUCAAGAUCUGUGUGAUAUUGAUGAUUUAGCUACAUCUCUUGUUGUUGAUGUUUUUCUUGGAUUUAAUACCCACAAAAUGAACAUAGAACAUAAAGAUAUGUAUGAAUGUAAAUCAGAUUUGAAACCUAUUAUUGAUAAGUUCAUACAAAAUCAAAGUAUGAAAAAAGCUUUUGAUUCGUUUUGGAAUAAAAAGUAUAUACCUGAUCAUUUAUUUAAUGCAUCUUAUAAGAAAUUAGUCAAAGACCAUAUUGAAAGAUAUAUGGGAAUGUUUUAUUUGGAUUCUGGUUUUCAAAUUGAGCCAUGUUAUAGAUAUUCUUUAGAAAAUAAAGUAGGAGCCAAAGUAAAUGCCACCAGUUAUUGGCAUAAAGAUGGCAUCAUUAAACGAUUAGUUGGUUGUGUGGCUGAGUUGACAGAAAAAGAGGAAGAUGAAAUCUUGCAUGUCGGGAAGAAUGAUUUUUCAGUAAUGUAUAGUUGUCGUAAAAAAUGUGCUCAACUUUGGCUGGGCCCGGCAGCAUAUAUUAAUCAUGAUUGCCGGGCCAAUUGUAAGUUUGUAGCCAAUGACAAAGGAACAGCCUGUGUUAAAGUACUCAGAGAUAUUAAACCUGGUGAGGAAAUUACAUGUUUUUAUAGUGCUAAUUUUUUUGGUGAAAAUAAUGUUAACUGUGAAUGCUGCUCAUGUGAAAAGUUAUGUAAAGGAGCUUUUAAAACUAAUGAAGAACAACCAAAAUUGGGACGUUACAACUUCAGGCAAACUAAUGGUCGAACCAAUACUUAUCGGUCUCCAGAUAAAAGCAAAAACGUAGAAGCACCAAAGACACCAAAAAAGAAAAAGAAUGUGGUUUUGGAACCUGUUACUCCUAAUAAAAAUCCUGAAGUUGAUAAGGGUGAAGCUUUGCUUGGAUCGCCAUACACUAAAAUAAUUCAAAAAACUAGAGGCUUAGAUUUAGAUCAAGCGUCAAAAUCACCAGAAAAGUAAUAGACAAUAAGUAAAUUAGACAUAGUUUUUACAAUAUUAAACUACUGAAUAAAUUAUUGUAUUAUCGAUAAAUGAUUAAAAUUAAAAAUUAAAUAUAAUUUGUACCUGUAUUUCAAUUGAAAUUUGUAUACUUUCUAGUGUAACAAUAUUUUUUUUUUAUAUAUAUAAAAUUGUUAAUAGUAUUAUGAUUGUUUGUCUAUCACCAAUUGUUUUCAUUAGGUUUUUAUUGACCAGUAGUAUUUACUAUGUAAUAACUUAUAAGUAAUUACUAAUUAGCAACUUUGGGAAAAUAUGUAUCUAACUCUUAAUUUUGAUAAUAAUAUAUUAUAACUUGACGACUGUAUACUUUCUAUAAUUCUAUAAUUGCUUUCUUUUUAAUUGAACACAAAUAUUAUAAAACUUGUGAAACUCUUGUCUUAGUCUUGCAUGUCUAUAUUAAAUACAGUAGAACCUCACUCAGUAUAAUUUCAGGUUAACAAUAAGAUUAUGUGACUUAUUAGUAGGGCUAUGAAUUGAAUAAACAGUAUAAACCUUAAAAAAUCCAUUAAAAUGUUCAAAAAAUAUGCAUUUAAAAUGCAAAAGAUGCAAUAUGAAAUGCCAAAUAUUAUAAUAUAAAAUGGACUUUAAAUGAUUUUAAAUUUAAUUUUUAUAUUUGUAUUGAUAUUAUAGGAUAUUAUACAAUAGUACAUUACUAUUUACAUGCAUAAAAAUGUGUUUAUUUUAUAAAAAAAAAAAACUAAAAUAUUAAUUGAAUUUGAAUUUCACGUGAAACAUUUUUGAGAAAAAAAUCAUAUUAACCCUAUCAACAUUUUGAAUGUUUUUUCUGUGUGCUAUAUUUUUUUUUUUUAAUUUUUAUAUAAUAGCAUAAUAAGAUUGUUUAUUACUUUGAUGUUAGGGUGACAUAAUGUUUGAUUCUAGAGGUUAAAGGUGACAUGAAUCAAAAAAGAUUGAGAACUAUUAACUGAAUUAGUUAUUCUUAUUAUUUGAUAAUAAAUUAAAAAUACUUUUAC